CACGAACACAAUAAUUCUUUUCGCGGGUUGUCUCUAUAAGUUCUUUAUCAAUAUCCCUAAGGACAGGGCCCUUAACAUUGAGUUUCCUCUCGAUGCGCUCUGCAGAGCGACCUAUCCGGAGUGCGACGCCUCCUUUGCAUCAAGGGUUAGCCCAAGGCUACAAUGCUCUAUGCCGUCAGCUGAACCGAGGCGCAAGCCUCUUCUUAUGCGUGAGUACGGAUUGCACCAUCUGGGUCUUCUCGCGCCAAUCAGCCAUGUGUGGCGCUACUUCGCCCGACAGGCCCGACCUCACAUCUCCUGACGAUCGUGCUGUCGCUCAUACUUAAAAAUCGCUUUAUGGGGCAAGUCGCGAUGCUUUCUCCCUACGCAGUUCGUUCGGCGGCUUUCAUCAUGCAAUGAUCAGGACGGCCCCAACAACACUUUCCACAAUGGCGCUAGCGUUCACGAUCAUCCUCAAGGUCCCCGGGUGCCUAUUGUGGAAGAGGAACCCCAAAUGAACCGACCGGCCGAGGGAAGCAGCGCAACGCCCAAUCCCGCGACAGGAGAAUGCUAUUUCAAAGUCAUCGACAUCUUUCUAGACGGGAAACCGCCAGUCAUUCGGGGGGAGGGAUACACCGAACACGACGCUGAGAAGAGUAUACUCGGCUUGCCGACACAGUUGGAGAACACAAUAAGAGUAUUUCUUGACGGAAGGAGUAGCAGGGUCGGACAAUAUAUCGACAGCUAUAGGACCCCUGAAGCUCCAUAUCCAUCUUGCUUGUCACGGAUAAAUCCCCCUAAUGAGCACGGCUGGAUUUCAACCCGCGCUUGCUUCCCCUCUAGCCAGAGGUUACAGGAUUAUGGUAUACCGGCCCUCAGACAGAUGUGGGAAGCAUCAGUCAGACCUGCCGCGUAUCGAGCGCCGGCUUUUGCUAGACACCUUCGCAGCUGCCCGAACUGGUCGGAUUUUGGACGUUCUUCAGUUGUCAAACAGGACGAAUACGAGGCUCAAAGUGUUGCUUUCGCCGUAAUGCACAAGGAAGGAAGGGCUGUUAUGGUGUGUUCGGCGCUGAACGCAUCUACCGACAAGAUGCAGCAUGCUUCUUCCGAAGCAAUUGUGUGCGCCAAUGCUGCCUGGAGGUGGCUCGAAAACAUAGACCUAUCUUUAUCCCGACCGGAAUGUCUCAUACACCUGGCGGGCGGUCACGAAGAACUGGCAAUCCGGCUUAUUCUGCUUGAGGUUCUACUCGUGAACCUUCGCCAGACUUUUGCCUUCAUCUCCGAUCUUGAAAGUAAUGAACCUAAGGCGAUGGUGACCUCGUACAUUUGGUCAUUCUUCCAUCCCAAGGAGCCGUUUCCAAUCGCCUCCCGGCUCAAUGGCAUCAGCGGAAGGCUUCUGACACUCCAGGAGGUCGAGGAUCCAUUAAUCUGCGGCGUAGCAGGGGUCGACUACGUAUCAAAUAGUGUCAGAUUGAUGUCAGAACGUAUCCAGCUCCCCGCGCGGUUCAACAGCAUCAAAGAAGAACUUCAGAAUAUUUGGGCUGAGUGCGACUUCUAUAAGCUAUACAUUUCGCGCCGGAAAGAGAGGUAUAACGAGGUGCAUAAAAUGCUGAGCAAUAUGCUCAGUAUCAAGCAAGCGGAUAGUGUCAAUCGGCCUACACUCCUUGCCGCCUUGUUUUUACCUCUGUCUCUAUCGGCCGGAAUAUUGAGCAUGCAAACGAGAUUUGCCGACCUCCACCUUCUUCUAUACGACUUUGUUGGACUCAUUUUCCUCCUCGGGACCGUUGCAGCUGUUUUGGCAAUCCUUGAUCGCCACGGUCUGCGCGUUUAUGACCGCAUCAUCGACAUAGCGUACGGAUGGAGGACUGUGAGCAAACACCUGACGAGGGCGCUGCAAUUUGCGAUAGCCAUAGUGUGGUGGCUCGUCUUCUUGGUAUCCUUUUUGGUUGGAAUGCUGAGUAGUGUGAAAUUGGGAUUGAAGGUCCUGGGAUUCGAGGCGGCUGGUGUGGUCGUCUUGUGGCUUAUUUCGUUGAAGGCAGUACGAGUCGCGUACGACUGGACCGUCGACCGCAGGGUACGCGCCCAUUGGGACUGGUACUAACGGAUUUCAAAGUCAACAGAGACUGCCGACAGUAAUUGUAGUUGAGCAAGGGACUUGGUGGUUAUACUUCGUAGUCGCAAUGAGCUGCCUGUGCUUGUCCUAUGACACGGGGAGCUUCUCCUUUUAUGUCCCGCAGACGUAGCAUC